CAACAAGCGCAAGGCGGCCAAACAUCUCUAGCUAAGCUAGCAUCCAGCUGAAAAGCUGCAGGUGACGAUGUUUCGACGCGCCAAGGCCACCACCACGGCGCCUCCUCCUACUGAUGGCGAGGUGAGGAUUCAGAAAGUUGACAAGAUUGAGGUCGUCUACAAAAACAUACUCUCCAAGCCAAAACUGUACAAGCCUACUGCGGCAACCGGGAAGCAUCCUACUGCUGGUCAUGAGGUCGCAGGCUGGAAGAAGAAGGUCGUUGAUCAGAACCCCAGCAGGCCUAGAAGUGCAGUUCAUGUAGAUGACAUCAACAAGCUGUCUGAAAGGUACAUCACAGAGAUGAAGAAACGAUUUCUUGGCUAGCAGCUAGUACCUGAUGAACCUCCUGUGAUGGCCAAGGUGGUGAUAUUAAUUGGUGUGUCGUCCAUGUACGUAAUUGGUUUGGUUAUAUGUAUAUAGUUGAUAUUGCUACGUGGGAUGUAAUAUAUAUAUAUAUAUAUAUAUAUAUAUAUAUAUAUAUAUAUAUAUAUAUAUAUAUAUAUAUAUAUAUAUAUAAGAGAGAGAGAGAGAGAGACUACUUUAGUUAUAAAUGGUACAAUUGUGCAUGUUGUAUCCAUCUAUGCUAUCUGUAUCAUACAGAGAGAACAUAAUGUUGAGUAACAAGCUUAGUAUCAGUAUGCCUGAUGCGCGCAAA